AUGGACACGUCAAGAAACCUAUCCGGAAGCCCGACUGAAACAUUCGAGAUACUCGGACGAUCGUCUCUGAGUAGCAGAGCACGUAUCCUGGCGCUACCAUCCGAGCUUCUGUUCUAUCUGUCGCGGUUUUUGGAUCUGGCCGGACUUAUCGUGUUCAGCACGGCGACAUGCCGUGCUCUGAGGAACACAUUUGCUCAGUUUGAUCGAGAGCUACUCUUCUUGGAGCCAGCGCACAGGCUAAACUUAUCAGAGUGGAGAGACGCCGCGCGGCAGAUUCAUGAUUUUGGACUGACACGGUCAUCUUGCAUCCAGCGCUCUGCUGCCAAGGCAAGCGUAAACGAUAAAGGAGACGUUGACCUUUUGGUGGCUGUGCAUCAACUUUCGCGGGACGAGAGCUUGAUCGAUUUCCACCUCUUGCAGUGCGUCCUGGAAUUCCUGACCAGCCAGCAUGUGUACCACCUUGACAAGGGAGCGCCGUUGCAGAGCUUCCAAGACUUGCCAGCGCGGAACGCAGAAGUGCACCAGAUUCGCAGCCUACACUUGACUGGCUGGCAUGGUAUUGCAGGCGCGUUCUUGAUUCAACAACUUCGCUCCCAGCCAUCGCUCAGAGAUGUAUGCACCAUUGUCAAGACCGAAAGGGCCGACUCGCGGAUAUGGCAACAAGCUGCUACAGAUGACAGAGGUGUACUAGGCCCAAAAAACACUGCAGAUCGAGAACGGUAUUCGCAGCACGGCUAUGUAGCCGCACUCUGGCACAAUCGAACCAGAUCGAGGCAGGAUGCCAUGGGACAAGAAUCGAGCUUAGCGUUCAAAGAGUGCGAAGCGACUCAAAUCAUUGUUCAGGUAGGUAAGCGACGGCCACGUCGUGCUGACCAACCGUUCUUGCGUGGAGAAGGGCUUCAGAUUGGAUAUCAGGGAUAUUGUGUCGACAUGGCGACAACAACAGCUGAUAUGGGAACGGACGUGAUGGAGCCGAUCUCCUUUACAUGUGCCAAGGCGGUCAUUGACCCAGACGUGGGAGCUUGCAACGGUCUAGUUGACAGCGAUGCUUUUGAUGGCUACCAUCGCCAAGGGGCGACACGAAAAAGGCUACAUGUGAUUCUGCAAGGUCGUGAGGUGGAAGAUGCAAAGCAAAAUGAGGAAAUGUUUGAACGCAGCAUGGUUUCAUGCAACCGUUGUAAGGAGCGCGUUGUGUUCUAG